AUGAGCAGUGCUGACAUCAAGGAUUUGCUCGUCGUGGACAACCGCUUGACGGCGUCAUCUCAACCCUCCACUCAGCAACAACCCGAGUCGGUUCUGCAAUCGGCCAGAAAGUCCCUCAAAAGCGUGGCAUGGUGCUUUGCGUUGGCGUCAGGAAUUAUCCUCUAUGGAUAUGACCUUGUCAUCGUCGGAAAUGCCCCCUCGAUGCCUGAAUUCCAAAAAGACUUCGGGCGCCGCCUAGACGGCAAACUCAUCAUCCCAGCCCUCUGGCUCUCCCUGUGGAACGUCGCGAACCCGAUCGGUGGCAUACUGGGCUCCCUUGCAGGAGGGUACAUCCAGGACCGCGCAGGGCGGCGGCGAUCACUCACCAUCGCGAGCAUCGUGUCAGCCAUCGGGGCCGCCGUGGCCUACGUCGCCAAUCUGCCAAGCGACAUCAACACCCGUCGAUCUGUGUUCCUCAUCGCAAUCAUCGUCCAGGGUUUCGCAGUCAACCAGGCAACGUGUACCGUCCAGACCUACAUCUCCGAAGUCCUUGGCCCUGUCCUCCGCGGUCCAGCCCUAGGCCUCUUCCCCAGCUUCAUGCUGCUGGGCCAGCUGGUAGGCAGUAUCAUCGUGUACUUCAUGUCCCGCAGGCCAGGACCAACCGGGUACAAGCUCUGCUUUGCAUCGCAGUGGCCGUUUUCCGCCCUCCCGCUCGCAGUCUCGUUCCUCAUGCCCGAGAGCCCAACGUACCUACUCCGGAAGAACCGCCCUGACGACGCCCGCAAACACCAGAAUCGACUCUCCUCGUCCGUCAACGACACAGCCGCAAUCCUACAACACGCCCGACUCUCCAUCGAGCUCGAAAACAAACCCAACAGAGGCAGAGCCUCGGCCCCAACAUACGCCGACUGCUUCAAGGCCCCGCACCGCCGCCGAACAACGAUCGUCCUAUUCGGCGGCCUCGUCUCCAUCCUCUUCGGCUUAUCCCUCCUUUCAAAAGGCAGCUAUUUCAUGCAGGUCGUCGGCAUGGACGCCCACACCAGCCUGGUCUUCCUGCAGGUCAGUGUUGGUCUCGGCCUGCUCGCUAACGCCGGGAGCACGCUCACGGUCGCGAGAUUCGGACGCCGCACUCUCACCCUCUCCGGCCUUAUCAUCUGCAUCAUCCUCUGGACGGGCGUGGGAAUCGCGGGCUGCUUCGAGGGCCCUGUUACAGUCUGGUACACCCAAACAAGCAUCCUCCUCCUCAUCUCCCUAACGGGACUCACCGUCUGGCCCGCCUCAUACGCCUUCGGCGCAGAAGCAUCCUCGCUGCACCUGCGCGCCAAGUCGCAGGGUCUCAGCUGGGUAGUGCACUGUCUCUCGAACGGGGCUCUGGGGAUUGUGCUGCCGUAUAUCUUCAACGAGGACGAGGGUGCACUCGGCGCGAAGACGGGGUUCGUCUACACGGGGUUUUGUGCUGGUGCGCUUGUGGUGGCGUGGAGGAUUGUGCCUGAGAUGAAGGAUUUGACGGCGUUGGAGAUUGAUUGUUUGUUUGAGGGGGGAGUUGAGGGGAGUGUUAGUGGUGGUGGUUGGAAGGAAGAGGCGGGCGGGGUUGGCGAUGGGCUGGAGAGGGGAGGAGAGGGAACCCUGAAGGGAUACGGUACGCGUGAAAGCGUAGAAUGA